AUGGCCGGAGGCGCCGCCAAAUACCGGCACCUGAGCCGCAAGUCCUCGCACCGACAAGCCCUCCUCCGCAACCUGGUCACCUCCCUUUUCACGCACGAGUCGAUCACCACCACAUGGGCCAAGGCCAAGGAAGCCCAACGACUGGCCGAGAAGCUGAUCACCUUGGGCAAGAAGAACACUGAAGCCAGCCGGAAGAGCGCGCUGGCGACAUUUUACACCCCCCACUCCAUCCUCCCCAAACUCUUCGGCCCCCUGCGGGAACGCUACGCCAACCGACCCGGCGGCUACACGCGGGUGCUGCGCGUGGAGGCCAAGAAGGACGACCAGGCGGAGAGCGCGAUCCUGGAGCUGGUCGACGGGCCCAAGGACAUGCGGUUCGCGCUGACAGCGCGCACCAUCGCGCGCCAGCGCGCCCAGGGAUUCGACACCCUCAACGAGAUCACCGCGCUGAACGUCCGCAAGGUGACGCGGUUCCGGGACGGCGGGGUCGACGCCCUCGAGGACGCGGUGCAGAAGUUGAAGCUCAGCGGGCAUGGGGAGAAGGCGGCCGGC